AAAACGAGCGAAAGGAACGGAGUCAUGCGACGAGUGUUCAAUACGGGUUAGGGCUUGUUUCUGAAACGUCCUGGUUCGUUGUAUAAAGCUCCAUUUUGGUUAGGGCUUGUUGAUUUGCGGGACUCCUAAAUCCCCAAAAUGAAUUCUGGAUUGUGUGAUUUUGGUGAAUUAUCGAUCAAAUACGAGGGCGAUGUUAAUGGCGAUAUUUCUUCCGACGAGCUCGACCAUGUUCCGCUGUUACGACGCCGGAGCAUGUUGAUGGCAAAUAAGCGGCACUUACAUUUGGUGGCUGAACUCAUUGCCGUCGAAAAUGGAAGCGAAAAUCCUUUACUGUCUCGCUUUGUUGUUAAAGAAGAUGGAGGCCGUAGUGCAUCAGAUUUAUUCUCUUUCAUGCCUGCCUGCUCUUCGAGUGAAGUAGGAGCUGAACUUUUGGAGAAAGAACAAAAUCAUGAAAAUAAAGAUUCUGGGGAAGAUACUCCCAAAGCCCUGUCCAAUAACAUUGUGGAAUAUUCUACAGUUGAUCAGUGUUUGCAAAAUGGUACUUGUGGUCAAGACAUGGGAACUUCUGGAGAUUGUCAUAGUUGUUUGGAGCAGAUAAAAUGCCAAGAAUCUAAUGAUAAUUUUGCUGAAGUGGGAAAAAUUGAUUCAAGUAUUUGCUCUUUGCCCCAAAACUCAACACUCUCAGAAGUUCCUACAAAAGUCAAGGUUGAAUUUUCGGACAUGUGCUCAAUGGAAGGUGGUGUAAAUAGUUCAUGUGGUGCUGAUGUUCCAACAAUUAAUGUAAAACAUGAGAUCCUUGAUCACAUUGCUUAUGAUCACUUACGGGAUCACGUUGAUUAUGAUCAUUUGGAUCACAUUGUGUUGAAAGAGCGGCAAAGCAUGCUAUUAUCAAGGUGCUAUUUCAUUUGUCAUAUGAUCAUUCCUCCUGCCCAAGGACGAAACUGCUGGCAAAACCAGUUCUUGAGUUCAGAAGCAUUGGCAGGAAACCUUACACAACAGUGUGCUGAAAAAGAAUUGGAAGACAGUCAUGUUGUAAUCGGACAACCAUUAACAACUAAAAGUCGAUUUGAUGAUAUUGCUGAAAAUAAUGAUGGGCUAUGUUCAACCGCCAGCGCAAAUAGCAUGAAGGGUUCAUCUUUCUCGAUCUCUUUCAAAAUCAAGGAUGAACCUCAAGAUGAAAAUAACUGCCACAACUCGAACAGCCGUGCUAGGGAUACCUUUUCCUCCAACCUUCGUUCAGUGAAGACUGAAACAGAAAUCUCGAAUGAACUUGAUGAAGAUGAAGCAGACCAUGUAUGUCUGGGAGAUCGGGUGAAGAUGCUGAGGUCAGAGGAUGAUUCCGUAUUAAAUCUGUCUAGGAGCUAUGAAUGUUUGAAGAAGUCUGUGCCUUUUGUCCCUGAGUGUGUCCCUAUUGCUUUAGAAUCUGUAAAGGGAUUCAACAUCCGUCCAAGGAAAAGGAAAAAGACUGCCACGGAUUCAGUUGAAACAGCUUUGGAGGAGGAUGCUCCUGGACUUCUCGAGGUGUUAGUCGAGAAAGGAGUAUCAAUUGAUGAGAUCAAGCUCUAUGGAGAGAUGGAAAGCGAUGAAGCUCUAGAUGAGUCUUCCAGUGAAAGUUUUUCAGAGCUUGAAGCUGUUAUAUCAAAGCUUUUCACUCAGCGCAAUUCGUUUUUGAAGCUUGCUCCCGUACGAUUCACAAAGGGAGCAAGAGCUAGUUAUUGCUUGGCUUGUCUAAUAUCACUUGUGGAGCAGACAAGAUAUCUACAAUUUCGUAAAUGGCCUGUUGAAUGGGGUUGGUGUCGAGACCUGCAAUCUUUUAUAUUCAUCUUUGAGAGACAUAACAGAAUUGUGCUGGAACGUCCAGAAUAUGGCUAUGCGACAUACUUUUUUGAGCUAGUGGAUUCUUUACCUAUUGAAUGGCAGAUCAAGCGGCUGGUCACUGCUAUGAAGCUUACAACUUGCAGCAGGAUUUCUUUAAUUGAGAACAAAGCAUUAACGGUUGGAGAAGACUUGACUGAAGGCGAGGCACAAGUGUUAAUUGAAUAUGGCUGGGUGCCAAAUAGUGGUUUGGGAACAAUGCUCAACUACUGUGACAGAGUGGUGCAUGACCGGAAGAAUGAAAAGGACGAGUGGAGAUCAAAAAUAGGAAAGUUGCUAAUGGAUGGUUAUAAUGGUGGAACCAUUGUUUCGACCGACAUGCCAAAGAAGGUUACGGAGUAUAGAGAUUCUCACAGCGCACAAAUCAAAUUGGAGCUACAAGAUUGAAAGGUAUCCUGUUCUGAAAGUGUCUAUUAACUUGUAUAAAUAUAGAUUAACUAAGUCUUGGACCGCAGUAGACAGUGAGUUCAUACUUGAGGGUAUUGACUUGUCACUGACUCACUAACAGUUUAUGUAGUAAUGGUCUAAUGGGGAGUAAAACUGAUUGCGCUACUUUCUGAAUGCGAUCACCACAUAGUUGGAAGGUACCAAGAGUUUAUAACUCAAAUGGAAGUGAUCUCAUCCUUUUCGUUCUGUUUUAUAAUCGAUGUACAGACAUGACAUAAUGUUUUAGUUCUGUUUUAUCUGUUAAUGUGCAUACACAAACGUGUUUUAUUUAAA